GUGGUCUUUCAGCGCCAUCUGUCGGCGACGGUGACAGAUACAAUUGGUCGCCGCAUGCAGCAAUCCCGCCACCUUUUUUGUUUCUCCACGAUCCAUCAUGGCGAUGCACGCUAAGGCUACUCCGCCGCAGAUCCCGGACACCCGCCGGGAGCUUGCCGAACUGGUGAAGAGGAAACAAGAGCUUGCAGAGACGCUUGUGAAUUUGGAACGACAAAUAUACGCCUUUGAAGGCAGUUACCUAGAAGACACUCAAAUGUAUGGCAACAUCAUCAGAGGAUGGGACAGAUACCUUACCAACCAAAAGAACUCUAAUAGUAAGACUGAUAGAAGAAAUCGAAAAUUCAAAGAGGCAGAGCGUCUGUUCAGCAAGUCAUCAGUCACAUCAGUAGCAGCAGUAUGUGCACUUGGCGGGAUACCAGAUCACAUGAACGAAAAACGUGAGGCGGGCAGCGGCACAGAAAGCGACGCCUCUCCGGACCUCCAGAACCAAGAGAACGAACCCAGCCAGGAGGACACAGAGGACGUCGACUCCAGCCUCCAGGACUUGAAGCCCCAAAAAGCUGCCUCCUCCUCUUCAUCUGGCAGCCAUCACGGAAGCCAUAAGAAGAGGAAGAACAAAAAUAGGCACAGAGACCCCACACGACGAGGAAAAAAUGGGCAUGUAUCUGUUUAUUGCUCUUAUCGUGUGCAAUGCAAUCAAGAUGACCACCAAAGCACACCACACUAAUAUUAUCUCUGAUGAUGAUGAGUCUUCUCCCGCUAACCAGAUGUCUGGUGGAGUACCAAGACUGAUGUGUGAGAGGCAACACGGUGCCACGGAGGCAUCAAUGCUGCCAGAAAAUGCAAAGAAGAAAGAGUAGGAAUAGAAGUUAGGCUAAUUGUUCGCUUUUCUGGUAACCAAUGUUCCCUUGGUUAUUCACUGUUCGUUUCUUGCAAAUUCACUUAUUCAUGGAUUAAAAAAAUAAAUAAAAAAUUAACAAUGUGUUUAAAAAGUGUGUUUUAAUAGGUAAAUCUAAAAAUGCCCAAAAGUGAAAGAAAUUAAACUGGUCAUUGUGGAUUUUUCACCUUUUGCAGGUGGGUCUGGAAUGUAUCCCCCACGAUAUUUGUGGUUCACUGUAUGUCAUAUGCAUACAAUAUAAAAAAAAUAACAUUGGCCCUGUGGAGGUACAGGAAUUUUAUCCAAGCUAGUUGUAACUACGAGGUCAGCACAGUUAUACAGGGUGUAAUUUUUUUUAUUUUUCAUAUUUUCGGGCAUUCCUCCUCUCACUACAUAUUAACCCAGCAGGCUCUCCUGCUAAUGCACUGAGGCGACGCGUGUGUGUCACUCUGGACUACUGUUGGGGUUCAGACUUUGGUUGGUGAACUCACUAACAGCUGCUGAUCAUUUCCUUCCCCUGUUGUAAUGCUGACUCCUCCCCCUUCCC